GACAUGCCACAGUUUCUGCACUCCCAUCGCUCACUCUUAUGUUACUGCUCAAGUAUGCAUUCAGAAAAGAGCCAGCAGAUAUAGUAGAUUUAUUCUAGUCGUUGAGGUCAAGGACUCCUCUUUUUUUUUUUUUUUUUUUGAUUCAACUGAGAGGGAACGCUCUCCUCAUAACAACAGACUGCUUUGCAGUCUAUUACCAGUGCUCACCACUGAUAAAAAAAACAUGUAAGAGUAUUUUGUAAAGGAAAUUAUUUACCAAUCUGAAGCAUCGGUGAGUUAUGUGCUAUCUCCAGUGCCAAAGUUAGGGGGCUUUCAGCAAAGCACAAUAUCAGCAUGCACCGCAGUUCAGAGACUCCAGCUGCUGGAAGCUCCUGCGAGCCAUAAACCAGUGGACUCCAAUUACCUUGAAUGCUGUAAACUGGCUCUGUGGGAAUGGAUAACUCCAACAGAAAAACCCACACAAGUCUUCUGAAAAGACAGCAAGGGAACUAGAAAGAACAGCUUGACUUGCAAAAUCUCACCUGACCAAUGACUGACUCUCUGCUAAUGUAACAUUAAAUUAAGACACCUUUGUAUAGCAGAUCCGAGGAUGUUUCUACUGCUUUAUAUUACAAGUUUUGCCAUCUACACAAGUGAACAACCUCUUCAAAGUCAGCUCAAAGGAGAAAAUUACUAUAUGAAAUACAUCUGUAGCAUUCCUGGUUUGCCAGGCCCUGCAGGUCCCCCUGGAGCCAAUGGAUCCCCGGGGCCACACGGACGCAUUGGUCUUCCUGGAAGAGAUGGUAGAGAUGGCAGGAAGGGAGAAAAAGGUGAAAAAGGGACUGCAGACUUGCCACCUGUUCCUUCAACAUCAAGGACAAGCUUUGCAGAAGUUUCUGUUAGGGAGCGAAUGAGAGAGAAACUAAAAGCAGCAAAGUCAAAAGCAGAAAUCACUUUAUUGCAAGAGGACUCUAGUUCACAAGCAAGACAUUUAAAAAGCAUCAGAGGAAGGAAAACAGAAGUCAGACUUGCUGAAGCGUCUGAUAAUGAAAAAUUUAGGGAGAUGAAAGAGGAUGAAUCCCACUUACCAUCAAAAAUAAAGUUUCAAGAUACUGUCAAAAAGCUUAAACAAAAGUCAACAGUCCAGAAUGAUUUUCCCACUGCUGAAGAAGCAUAUAAUUUCUUUACCUUCAAUUUUGAUCCUGAACCAGACAAUAUAAAGGCUGCAACCAGGAAAAGGAAUGAACUAAAUGAAGAGGCAGAAGAAGAAUGCGUAGAAACUCAUGAGGAUGAACAAGAGGAUGAUGAAACGGAUGAAGAUGCACGCCUAGUUAAAGAUGAUUUAUUCCUUAUGGGACAAACAGCUGAAGAUCUUCUAGUAAUGAAACCCGCUGAGUGUGAAAGCUACUCUGAGCAACUGAAAAAGGAAAAAGAAUUUCUCUUUAUUCCCAGCAUGCGAGCAGUGCCUGCUUCUGAGAAGAUUCCUAGGGACAUGCAGCCUAGGUACCUUGAGGAUGAGGGUCUUUACACAGGAGAAAGGCCCUUUGUAUCACAGUCUAAUCAAAAUAUUUUAGAAAACAGGAUACUCAGACAGGAGCAGGGGAAAGAGUGGUUUGGUGAUGAUGGUAAAGUCUUAGCGUUGCCUAAUCCAAUUAAACAGUCUUCUACUAGGCCUCCAAUAUUCUCACUGGAAGAAGGCAUUGCACCAGAACUUGAAACAGUGUAUAGAAAGGCAAUAAAAAUGACAUCUACCAAUCAGUAUCUUGUUGGACCUGGAGAUUUUCAGGGGCCAUUUCAAUUAGAUAUUGAUAUUUCUGGACUGAUAUUCACCCAUCAUCCCUGUUUUAGCCGUGAGCAUGUGUUAGCUGCUAAAUUGGCUCAGUUGUAUGAUCAGUUUUUAGCAAGAAAGCAGAAGAAUCUUACCAAACUUCUCACAGACAAGCUGCAUGCUUUGAGGAAUGCUGUGCAAGGUAUAGAAGGUGGUGACGCUGGUGUUCCUAGACCUGUGGUGCAACAGAGCAUACCUGAAUAUAAAAUUGAGAUCAGGCAAACCAGAAGACUUCGUGAUACUGAACAAGAAAAAGACAGAAUGUUGCUUAAGUCCAUCAUAAGAGUUUGGAAACAAAUCAAAUCCCUCCGUGACUUUCAGAAGUUUACUAAUACACCCGUGAAACUUUAUUUGAGGAAGGAAGAGGUUGAUCAGAGAUUAGAUGAAAAAGCAUAUGAAGCAGAAAUUCAGGCUGAGAUCAAUGAAUUAUUAGAAGAAUGUAUAGAAGAAUAUGAAAAGAAAAUGAAGGAGUAUAAAACUGAGCUACAAGAGUGGAAAUCCUGGAAGAAGACACAGAAGUCCAAGAAGAAAAAAAAGAAAAAAGACAUUAUUGAAGAAGAAGAAUCAGUAGAAGAUUAUGAUCUUGGUGAGGAACGUGUAAAGCCCAUCCCACCUAAAAUGGCCGAUAGACUGGAAAUAGAACAGCAGGUUAGAGAAAAAGCUGACAACUGCAGAAGGAAACCUGGAGAGCCUGCGCUAAUUCCUGAACUGGUCCUGUCAGGAAGCGUAACUCCAACUGAACUAUGUCCUCGAGCAGAAGUUCUGCGACGAGAAGAUGUGAAGAAACGCUCAGCAUUUAUAAAAGUCCUUUUCAACUCCAAAGAAGUAUCACGAACUGUUACCCGACCAAUAAGUUCUGAUUUCAGAGUUCACUUUGGACAGAUUUUCAAUUUACAAAUAUUCAAUUGGCCAGACAGUUUGAAACUAGAGGUAUACGAAACCACGGGUAUGAGCAGUACCACCUUGUUGGCUGAAGUGUUCAUACCUGUCCCUGAGACUUCAGUUCUGACAGGCAGCGCUCCUGUGGAAGAAGUAGAGUUCAGCAGUAGUCAGCGGGUGAUGUUGGACCAUGAAGGAGUUGGAAGUGGUGUGCCCUUUUCAUUUGAAGCUGAUGGUAGCAACAAAAUAGCUUUAAUGACCUCUGGGAAAGUAUCCAAUAGUGUCUCUUGGGCAGUUGGAGAAAAAGGAAUCCCCUUAAUUCCCCCAUUGUCUCAGCAAACCACAGGCAUUCCAAGUGCUUUAAAAAAUAUUGAUGCUAUUGCAUCCAUUGGCACAUCAGGCUUAACUGACAUGAAGAAACUAGCGAAGUGGGCAGCAGAAGCAAAACUAGAUCCAAAUGACCCAAACAAUGCAGCUCUGAUGCAGCUGAUUAUGGUUGCUACAAGUGGAGAGGCACACGUUCCUGAUUACUUCAGAUUGGAGCACUUGCAGCAAGAAUUUAAUUUUGUUUCUGAUGAAGAAUUUAAUAGAUCAAAGAGAUUCCGACUCUUGCAGCUCAGAAGUAGGGAGGUGGCAGAGUUCCGAAACUAUAAGCAAGUCCCUUUACAUGAACGAGAAAUCAGUGAGAAAAUCUUCCAGGACUAUGAGAAGAGACUGCAAGAGAGGGAUGUGAUUGACAGCAAAAACUACCUAGAUGCACACAGAGCAGUUGUUGCCAACUACCUACAGAAGGUUCGAGAAUCAGUAAUAAACCGUUUCCUGAUAGCAAAACACCAUUUCCUUCUCUCUGAUCUUGUCAAUGAAGAGGAGAUCCCCAGCCUGGGUUCUGAGGGUCCGGGGAUUUUGGGUCUCAGUCUCUUUAAACUGGCAGAGCCAAAACGACCAUUAAAGCCAAGAAGAAAAGAAAGGAAGAAGGUCACAGCACAGAAUUUGUCAGAUGGAGACAUAAAACUGUUAGUGAACAUCAUUAGAGCUUAUGAUAUACCAGUGAGAAAACCAGUGAUCAGCAAACCUCAACAACCAUCCAAACCUUCGAGGUCCUUCAGUGAGAUGUUUGCAGCCUCUCCAUCAGCUCAGAGCCCAGCUGGUAGCCCAGACUGGGCAUUCAAACAGGAUUUAGUCCGUCCUUUUGUAGAAGUUUCUUUUCAGCGAACAGUCUGCCGGACAACAACAGCAGAGGGUCCGAACCCCAACUGGAAUGAAGAACUUGAGCUUCCAUUUCGAGCUCCCAAUGGUGACUACAGCACCCACAGUUUGCAGUCAGUGAAGGACGAGGUCUUCAUUAAUGUUUUUGAUGAAGUGCUUCAUGACGCUGCAGAAGAUGAUCCUGAAAGAGGAAUUGGAAUCCGUACUCAUGUUGAGAGACACUGGCUGGGUUCUGUUAAGAUUCCAUUUACUACGAUAUAUUUUCAAGCAAGGAUUGAUGGUACAUUUAAGGUGAAUGUUCCUCCAGUCCUCCUUGGCUACAGCAAAGAAAAGAACCUGGGAAUCGAGAGAGGUUAUGAUUCUGUGCGAAAUCUGAGUGAGGGUACAUAUAUAACACUGUUUAUUACGAUUGAACCACAGCUCAUUCCUGGAGAGUCAGUCAGAGAAAAGUUUGAUACCCAGGAAGAUGAGAAAUUGCUCCAGGCAGCAGAAAAGUAUGAAGCUGAAUGUACAUCAAAGUUUCCAAGCCGCCAGUGCCUAACAACUGUAAUUGACCUCAAUGGCAAAACAGUUUUUAUUACCAGAUAUAUCAAACCUCUGAAUCCUCCACAGGAACUUCUUGAUGCCGUCCCAGAUAACUCUCAGACAGCAGCAGAACUGGUGGCUCGAUACGUUGCUUUGAUACCUUUUUUGCCAGAUACUGUAUCAUUUGCUGGAAUUUGUGAUUUAUGGAGUACAUCAGACCAAUUUCUUUAUCUUCUGGCGGGAGAUGAGGAAGAACACGCCGUGCUCUUGUGUAAUUAUUUUCUUGGUAUGGGGAAAAAAGCCUGGCUUAUCAUUGGAAAUGCUAUUCCUGAGGGACCAACUGCGUAUGUAUUAACUUUGGAACAAAGUCAGUAUGUAAUUUGGAAUCCCAGUACUGGAUGUUUUUAUGGGCAGUGUGAUACUUUCUGCCCUUUACAAAACGUGCAUUGUCUGAUCAGCUGUGAUAAUAUUUGGUUUAAUAUGCAAGAAUAUGAUUCCCCAGUAAGGAUAAAUUUUGAUAUCAGCAAACCAAAACUUUGGAAGGCCUUCUUUUCAAGAAACUUCAUGUACCCUGGUCUCUCCAGCAUUCAGCCUGAAGAAUUAGUUUAUCAGCAUUCGGACAAGGCUGCUGCGUUGGAACUACAGGGCAGGAUUGAAAAAAUAUUAAAAGACAAGAUUAUGGAAUGGAGACCAAGGCAUCUAACUCGUUGGAACAGAUACUGCACCUCUACCCUACGUAACUUUCUGCCACUGCUAGAACAAAACCAAGGCAAAGAUGUAGAAGAUGACCACCAGGCAGAGCUGCAAAAACAGCUAGGAGACUACAAGGUCUCUGGAUUUCCUAUUCACAUGCCAUUUUCUGAAGUCAGACCUUUAAUAGAAGCCGUACACAGCACAGGAGUUCAUACCAUUGAUGUUUCCAACGUUGAAUUUGCUCUAGCUGUGUAUGUUCAUGCUUACCCCCAAAAUGUUCUUUCUGUGUGGAUUUAUGUUGCUUCACUUGUUAGAACUAGGUAGCAUAGACCAGAACACCUCAAAAAGUUUGCCUAUGUAGAAGUAAACAUAACAGAUUUCUCACAGUGCUGGUUUGAGCUAUCUCAAGUGUUUUAAUAAUAGAGUGAGAACCUAAUUUUUAGUAGCUACAGACACGAGCUUUAUUCACUCUAUGGCCACAUAUUACAGCCAAGGAAGAGACUGACAGCUUAAAAUUCCAGUACUAAUAGGUGAUAUUUAUACAGGAUUUUAUAGCUUCCAGAAGAACAUCACACUCUUAAAAGCAUUGUGCAUGCCCACAUAAGGUGACACUGCACAGUAAAAUGGCAGAGUUUGGCCACCUUAUUUUAGAUUAAACUUGGUUCCUGGAAUCAUACCUUAAAGACUGUUUUUAGCUAGUCAGUUUAUUUUAUCUACUGACCUUCUUCCUCUUGAAAGACACCGUUGUUCACUUAUGGUACAAACAGUUACAGUUUCCCAGUGUUCCUAAAUAAAGAGCAGGACUGUUUACCCAUGAAUAAAUUUCAGGCAGUGAGGAGUCCUCAGUGAAGCCAUACUUCAGUUUAUAAGAGGCUGCUUCUGCUACUUCAUGCCUAGUGUCUCUCUAAUGCCAGCACCAUGCAGAGGUGUCAGCUGACUUUUUCUUUACAAGUUAAAGUAUUUAAUAAAUAUUUAUACCAAAACCCAAGUGGAAGCUCCUUAGUUUUAUACAAAAAUUUUAUCAAAUUACUUUGGCAUCUGAGAUUCUUAUCUGUAAGCUACCCUAGUGAAAGAUUAUUUUACUAAAGAUCAAACUUGCUUAUUCGUGUGUAAGUAGUGGUGUUAUAAUUAUUAAUGUUGAUAUAAAUACGUAUAUCUUUUUCCUCCAGUUACCUUACUAAUCAAACUCUUCCAAGUGAAAAUGACGGUGGGUUGAGCUAGGAAAGAUGCUCAUCAGAACCUAUCAAAGUUAAGAUUGUUCUUGAGCUUAAUUCCAAACUAGACUCAAUCCACCUAAUAAAUAAUGGACAAAAUCUUUGGUUUAGAGCCUACGGUUGCCUUUAUAAACUUCCAGCAGCCAGGGGUAAGCUACGUUGUCAUCAUGCAAUGCUUUGCUGAACAACACUGAUAACAUCUCCCAAAUUUAGUCCAACUCUCCUUCAGAGAAGGUGAAGAAACAUGAUGUAAGCAAACUGAAUUUUCUGCAGCUGAUUCAGUCUCAGCUGUGUAGCUGCAUCUCUACCACUCUGCACAGAAACCACCACCUAUCAGCAAGGAGGAAAAGGACCUUCCCAGCCUCAGAAACAAGAGUUCUGGAACACAGACAGAUGCAAGGACGCCCACCGGGUACCUCCCAACUCUCAUCUUGCCUCAGUCAGCAUAGCACAAAUGGCCACAGAUCAACUCUCCUUCAGGCACCAAAGUGAAUUUAACGCAGCUUAAUCGAAGCAAGUUACAAGAAUAAUGGUGUCCUUUUUUAUCCCUUCUGUAGGCUUCCAGCCGAGUGCUGUGCAUUCUGUCUGUAGCCCACAUUCACAUGAACAGCCAACUCUGCACCAGCUCUACAUCCACUGCUAUUUUUCUUGCCUUAUUGCACUUCUGUUUUUGUGGGAACAAAAAUACUGACGACUGGUGACUUCCCAGACACCAAGAAUCUUUAAAAUUCCAUAUGCCACCAUGAAUGCCAUCCUAAAAAACUACUACUCAGAAGAAUUUAAUCAUUAAAACAUGUAAAAAUGACCAGCUUGGCAUACUGUCAGCCUUCAAAAUUAGGCAGGAUGGGACACACACACACACACACUCGUGCACUGCUCACACAUUACUCGUCUCUUCCUGGCACAGGUUUCACUCAGUCCAACAAUGGAUUCGCCGCCUCCCUGCCAGGACCUAGGAGGGGUCUCUCUAAAAAUAAGUGCAGUGGGGAGAAGGCGUUGUCGUCUUUCACAGUUUGCAUAUUAAUGAAAACUGACUUCCUUGAAACCUGUUUAAAAAGUGCAUCUCAAUAUGGACCUGGGGUAAAAACAAAGCAAACCAAAAACCCAACCAAAUACCCACAACCCCACACACACUGCAAGGUUCACACCAAACCACUGCUCACCCAACCUGUGCAGCCUCCGACUGUCAUGGCACACCUGGAUACUGUGCCUUAAAAGCACACCUAUUAAACUGCUACAUCAUCUUUUUUUAUUGGUGGGAAUGUUUUAUUUGAGUAUGUCUUUCAAGCCCAAAUACAAAACCGAUUGCAAAAGGAAGGUGGGAACUUCCCUAAUUUUGCAAUAUCAGGAACAACUUCAGGAUGAGAGGAAAGGGGAAGAAACAAAGCUCCUAAAGAUGUGUAAUUGUUACCCAAAUGCAAACAAUACAUUUCCAAUUCUCUGCAGAGCUUUAUAUUGUACUUAUGGAGUCAAAAUUAAAAAAAAAAAAAAAAAAAGAACAUUCACUUAACACAAAAUAAUCCAGUAAAGUAUAUUUAAGUGCCAAACUUGGAAGAAAGUGGCAUUAAAAAAAAGAAUCUGAAUGUUUUCCCAUCUUCCCCAAAUUAAGUAAAACAAAACCCAACACCCUUCAAACCAAAUGAGAUUUUGUGAGAUUGUUACAACACAGUACAGUACACUCAGAAUUAAGAUUUUGAAGUUGUGGGCAGGGUCAGGCUAGUAUAACAAAUCUCACUCCAAGGAUUGUUAACACAAGAUGCGAACUGUAAGUAAAGUGCAUGAAAGGAAGCCUGCUCAGCUAAAUGAAGUAGACUGAAAGAUCAGAAGUCAGCGGUCAUUCACCAGAGCGGCAGCAGGCCCGAAAACCACACUGCAAGUUCUGGCAUCCACUGGCGGUUUCAGCAUGAGGACCUGCACAAAAACAGAACAAAUGUGAAAAGAAGAAAAGGCUAUUUAUUUAGAUUCAGAGUUCUUGUAACCUGGUAAUUCAGAAAGUGUCUCUUUUUUUACAACACUGAACUUCAUUCAGCACUGCGAAGCCUGAAACUGCCAGUGCUGGCACAGAAUAAAAGCCUCAGCUGGAGCAGUUAUUUUCUGAGAUACUGUUGCUCUGAUAUUUUAGUCCCAUGAAGAUAAAACAUUCAAGCAGACACAAAUGUACAAGGAGCAAUGCUAAAUGAACAAGUUCAAGCAAGCUCUCAGAGCUAGCUUCUGGAAUUGAGAUACAGAAGUAUUUUCACAAUGCAUAUUUUAACUCCCAUUUUUCAAACUCAGAUGAUGACUUCAUGGCAUUAGCAAAGAAAGCAGAGUCUCCAAAACCAUUUCUACUGUAAUGGAAAUAAUAUUUUUGUCUGGAAGUUUUUUUUGCCUCCAUGAACACUUCAUGGUUGGCAAGGUCUCAUGUACCCUGACUGGAAAGUCAAAAACUAAAAAGAAAACCACCUUUAGUAUCAUUGCAGUUAUUGGAAGCCGUAAGGCUAAGAACCAGCCAUUCAAAAAGAAGGAAAAAGUUGCGAGCACAAACAGUAUAAACCAACACCGUAAUUCUACCCACCUCCACUUACCUUGGCUUACUGUUAUCCCUUUAAUUUGAAAUGUUAAGGUGAUCAUGAGAUAACUAUUACAUUUAUCAGUACAGGAUUUUAUUUCCUGCAGCCACUUGCCUGCUUUAGAGACACAAACACUUACAUUCAGGUUGGCUGGACUCCGGCACCCAACAUAAACCAGUAGUGGGUUGCUGAGUUAACUAAAACAAGCUGGUAAAAAUCUAACCAGAACAACCCAAAUUUUCCCCCCUCUGAGACAAAUCAAAGAUUAUUUAAGAUGUUUUUAAUACAUUCACAAAGGACUAGCAAAAUAAUGUAAUGAACUAGGGCACCAUGCUGUGUCUGGCUUGUUUUCUCCCCUUGAACGGUAACUUCCAAGUCAUAAUUCAAUUAAUUUCCAAGCACCUGAUAUCUGGCAAUCAGAUCUCUGCUUCAUGCCACGCACACAUGAGCAAUACUGUACAAGAUAAUUAAGUUAACAUGCAUGAGACUGAAUAAAACAAACCUGAAGCUAUAAUGAAGGACAAUGGUUACAGUAUGCAAAAGAGUAAACUUUUCAUUUAUGAAUAAAUUUCCCUUUUCAAGUCUUUUUAUUCACCUGAACUAAAUUUUGAUCCUCCAAGUCACUUACGAGCUAGAGUUUGAAAGCUUCUUCAUAAGUCCUUUAAAAAGGAGACUCGGUGCUUCUAAAUAGCUGGUUUAGCAGAGCAUGUUCUGUGCGGCAGAAUUUUCCAAGUCGUAGCUGACCUUCCUCAUCAUUGCCAAAGCUAAGCAGCGCAUAAGUAAUUCUGAAGCAACUGUCAAACUUCUAGUAAGAUGCUCAUUGAUAGAAUAAACAGAACUACAACAUCCCAAGGAAGGGAAUACUCAGUAUACUUCAGUAUUGUUUUCCAUCCUUUUCUUGCUCAUUUUAAUAAUUUUCUUCCUCAUGCUCAGAACUGGAACAUAAAAACUGCCCUUCUAGCUCUGACCAAUGCUCCAUCUAACCCAUCUAACCCUACGUUCAUUACUGGCAACAGCAAGUGUUCUCUAGGGAGAACCCCCCAGUAUCCCUAGCUACUGCAGCAGGGACUCUGAAGUCCACUCCUUUCAAUAUUUGUUUAUAGUUCAGUUGUGCAUGCAUUUGUUUAACCUCUUUCUAAACCUGCUGAUACUAC